GCACUGGGCCAGAUUCAGUUUAUGUCAGUUGACAAUCCAUCCUUCAAGUACUUGCAAGAGGUCAAGGACAGCGCUUUCCAAAGCCUUGCGGCAGAUUCUACGAAAGCUGACCGCCCACAGCAGCAGACUCAAGCCGGGCAGACGUGCGCCUCUCUUACAAGAGAGGAGGAACGGUUGCGUGCGCAGAUCGAAGAUCGAAGCAUGCGUCCGCGUGAGGCCCAGUCUGUGCUCGACAACCUCGAGCCAGACGUGCCUUUCUUUUUGCGCACGGACUGGAUUCGAGCCUUAGCGGCUCUCACUUCUGUCUAUCGCACAGAAGUAGAUCGCGUAGCUCCCGGCCCUAACCGCAAAGUGUUCCAGCUGCUUCACUCUGCCGCAGCUGCUGGCAGAUCGGAAUGGUAUUUCAACAACUUAAGAAUGCGACACCUCCUCGAGCCUUCCCGACUGUCUUUGCUCCCAAUAGGGGACCACUUCAAACGAAGCUUUGCACCACGAAAUCAAUAA